UGACACCUGUUUGAACUAUCUCUCUCUCUCUCUCCAAAGGGCGGUAUGGAGAGAGGUCCUAGCAGCAGCCAGGUGUGGAACCCCUCCUCUGUUAUCUGUAUGGACAGAGCAGAGCCCCCCCUGUUGACCUGGUGGUCCACCUGCAGGUGUGGGAUGGGGAGAGGAGGAAAACACCAGUCCACUGUUAUCUGUAUGGACAGAGCAGAGCCCCCCCUGUUGACCUGGUGGUCCACCUGCAGGUCUGGGAUGGGGAGAGGAGGAAAACACCAGUCCACUGGAGAGGAGUGGCACACCAUACAGGACCCUCGGCUGUUUCAAGGUCGAUGCCUGACUUACUGGCUACAGGCGUGUGACUGACAGCUCGACUGUCGGCGGCAUGCUCUCGCGCUGUCCUGCUGUCAGUCACUCUGGAGAUGGGUUCUGCGCCAAGGCGACCGGAGCAGCAACAGCGGAAAGGAAGACUCUCUCAUCCCCAGCUGUUCUAGAGGUGUGGGUGUGACCGGUGCCCGACCCAGUGGUCCCCGACCAGAGACAUGAGUGUGGUCCGAGACCCACAGGGGGCGUACAGGGGGGUGGUAGGGGGCGACCAUCUGGGGGGUCUAGGGGUGGGGAUGGGGGUGGACCCCCACAGCCACUUCACAGAGCACGCCCCUCGACCCCCUGUCCCUGGAGAAGAGGGGGACAACCGUGACCCCCACCACCUCCCCUCCAGCCAUGGAGGCCGCCCCCCCACCCAGUCCACUGCUACCCCCCCCUCCAAAACAGACCCCUCCUUCCGUAGUAGCGAGUCCGCUUCCUCGGCCACCCCCACCCCCAGGCGGCCGGACCUGGACUUAGGGUACGAGCCUGAGGGCAGCGCCUCCCCCACGCCUCCCUACCUGAAGUGGGCGGAGUCGCUCCACUCUCUCCUGGAUGACCAAGAGGGCAUCCAGCUGUUCAGGGGCUUCCUGAGACAGGAGGGCUGUGGGGACCAGCUGGACUUCUGGUUCGCCUGCUCUGGAUUCAGGAAGAGCAGCCAGGAGAAGAGGCCCAAGCUGGCCAAGGCCAUUUACAGGAAGUAUAUCCAGGAUAGUAAUGGCAUCGUGUCGAGGCAGAUUAAACCAGCUACUAAGAGCUUCAUCAGAGACUGUGUGGUUCGACUGCAUCUGGACCCUGCCAUGUUCCAACAGGCCCAGACGGAGAUCCAGAGCACUAUGGAGGAGAACACCUACCCUCUGUUCCUGAAGUCAGACAGCUACCUGGAGUACACCCAGACAGGGGAGGAGAGCCCCAAACCACCCAGCGACCACAGCUCCUCAUCGGGUCCUGGGCAGCCUGGCUACCUGCCCACCCUCACAGAAGACGUAGAGUGGAGGUGCCGGGAGGAGGAGGAGGAAGAGGAGGAGGGAGAAGAGGAGAGCGGGGAUACGCAGGCCAGCAGGCUGACCCAGAGGUUGCUAAUGGAGACGGCUCCUCACAGAGUGUCGACCAAUCGGAGAGCAGGGGAAAGCCGAGAGUACAGACCAUGCAGAGAGCCGGUGGUUAACCCCUACUACGUGAACAUGGGUUCUGCUCGCGCCCCGGCAACCAGCGCUAACGACAGUGAACAGCAGAGCUUGUCCAGCGUCUCCGACGGCGACACACUCUCACUGACCGACAGCAGUGUGGAUGGUGUUCCACCCUACCGGUAUCGUAAACAGCAUCGUAGAGAGAUGCAUGAAAGUGCCAAAGCCAACGGACGCGUGCCCCUACCUCACAUACCUCGUACGUACCGUGUACCAAAGGAUGUCCACGUUGAGCCGGAGAGGUUUGCUGUUGACCUCAUCAGUCGACUGGAGGCAGUUCUGAGAGAGAGAGAAGCACAGGAGAGGCUGGAGGAGAGACUGAAGAGGGUCAGACUGGAGGAGGAGGGUGACGAUGCCGACGUCUCCAUGGUAAACUCCCUCCCCCCCUACGGCAACAAGCCCCUCCCCCCCUCCACCUCGUCCCUCUACCCCCACUACGGGUCCCGUUAUUCAGAGACCUCGUACAACGGUGUUCUGGCGCUACAGGACGCGCACGAGGAGAACCCGGAGGCCAUCUUGGACGAACACGUGCAGAGAGUGAUGGAGACGCCGGGGUGUCAGUCACCAGGCACCGGGAGACAUUCGCCCAAGUCCCGCUCCCCCGACGGAGGGGUGUACCCUCCACCUCACUCUGGGAGAACCCAGUGGCCUCCAGGGGUGAAAGGUCACAAGCCAGGAGCCAAGGGAGGGGACCCAAUGGGGAUGGGAGCAGGUGUGUACCACCACAAGCAUGGCUACCACUACCCCCCAGGGGGCACCAAGCCCAAAGAGCCCCAGAUGGAUGAGGUGGUGCUGGGUGGAGGAGGAGGUGGAGGCUCCAGGACCCAGGGGAGUGGCCUGUGGAACGGGGAGGCCCACCACUACUCUACCGGGAAGGGACGCAACUACGCAGAUGGGGCUGGGACCAUGGACGCAAUGGGCUAUAGCAGUAAGGGCAGCACCCUAUCGAAGCGUGGCUCUAAGAAGGGGGCGGAGCCGACAGGUAAAGGUGAUGAGGGGCGUGUCCAGGAGGCCCAGGUACCGCUGGAGGACCUGGAGAGAAACCACAAGAUACUGCAGUGGAUGAUGGAGGGGGAGGCACUACGACACAAAAAGAACACACACGGGAGUACCACAGGCUCCAGGAAGACCCAGGGGAGUGUGGAGCUGUUGAGACCCAGCUCUGUGGAGCGUCCUGGGGCAGUGCACCCCUGGGUGAGUGCCCAGCUGCGGAACAACGUGCAGCCCUCCCACCCCUUCAUCCAGGACCCCACCAUGCCUCCCAAUCCCGCACCCAACCCCCUCACUCAGCUAGAGGAGGCCCGGAGGAGACUGGAGGAGGAGAGGAGGAGGGCCACCCUGCUGCAGGCUAAACAGAGACAGAAGUCUCUAAGCAGUAAGAAGCAGGGGUCACAGUGUGAGAACGUAACUGUGGCGUACUACUUCUGUGGCGAGCCGAUCCCCUACCGCACCACGGCCAAAGGUCGCGUGGUGACCCUGGGACAGUUCAAGGAGCUACUCACCAAGAAGGGCUUCUACAGGUUCUACUUUAAGAAGGUGAGUGAUGAGUUUGACUGUGGCGUGGUGUUUGAAGAAGUCAAAGAGGACGACGCCGUCCUGCCCAUCUACGAGGAGAAGAUCAUCGGUAAGGUAGAGAAGGUGGACUGAAACAGGAAAUGGAGCCGGGAGGAAGUAGGAGGUGGAGGAAGGAACAAUGACGCAUAGAAAAGACUGAAUCGGAUGAAGAGGAGGUGGAGAGAGUGUUUUUGGAAGAGGAGGAGCGGGGGGGGUUGGGGGUUAAGGAGGGGGGGUGAAGAGGAGGUGGAGAGAGUGCUUUUGGAAGAGGAGGAGCGGGAGGGGGUGUAAAGGAGGGGGGGGAAGGAUGAGACAGAAGAAUGGAAUGGUCCAGAAUGUCACUGCCUCCUGGUUCCAGCGUAGAGGAACAGGCGUUUGGAAAGGAGGAUGAGACAGAAGAAUGGAGGGAUGAACAGGGUGAAAAGCCAUUCUAAACAGUCUUCCUGCUCUGGGGGAGGAGUUGUUGUUCUCCUUCCAGAACCAGCUGCUGCUAAGUUGCUAUGGAGACGUCAUGGUGCUCGGAACAGGAUGACGGCUGAGUUCCAUUCCGGAAUCUCACUCCCUUCAGUCCCUAGGCGGCGUCACUGAGGGGGCAGAGGGGAUUUAUGCGGCCCAAAUAGCACCCUAGACCCCAGUGAUCAUCACCUAGAUUCAGCCACAGGCGGAUUUUUUUAUUUCCUUGAGUGGCUGGUCAGGGGACCUGAAUAUCAUUACAUAUCAUUUGUGGAAUGCAAAUUGACUGCAACAAACCAAACAAAGAGAGAAUUUGACUAAAACAUAAUCAUUCCAAACCUUGCUUACAUUUGUAUUCAAUCACAUAUCUAUAUAUUAUGCCUGGGAAUACUUAUGGAAUCCCGAAAUGUAAAAUCAUUUGGAGCUGAGAGACGGUGUUUUUGUGUUCCAAAAUAAAAGCCCUACGGUCCCUGGUCACUAUAGGGGAUAGGCUGCCGUUUGGGACGUGAAACGAUGAGGUGAGGAUUUUCACCGGGAGGCCUUCAUCUCCUCAACACGUAGACCUCAUUAUGACAUCAAUCAUAAUGAGGUCAUAAAGAACCUUCACGCUCCAUCCUGUGAUGUCACCUAGUGAUGUCAAAGCAUUCUGUAUAAACAAACGCGGUUGAAUUAAAACUGCAGCUGUAUAUUGUUUGAUACAACGCUGCGCCUACGGACAUCAAAGGAGAAGUAGUCUGUUUACCUGUAGACGUUAUUACUAUUGUUUUUGGGUGGGUAAUGUACAGGUACUAGUAGGUUUUAACACAUGUACAGGCUGGGGCAAGAGUCCCAAAUGGCAUCCUAUUCCCUUUCUAGUGCACUACUUUUAACCAGAGCCCUUUGGCUAAUGGCACCCUAUUCCCUUUCUAGUGCACUACUUUUA